UUUACAGGUGUUUAACAUUUCUCCUUCCAGCUGCUACUGGGUGCUGUGUCAUGGCUUGCCCCUGGCAGUCAGAUGAGCUCAUUUUUUUUGUGAAUGGCAAGAAGAUAAUAGAGAAGCAUGCGGAACCUGAAGAACUGUUGUUGUCUUAUUUGAGAAAAGGACUUUGUCUCACAGGGGUGAAAAAAGGCUGUGGAAUAGGGGGCUGUGGAGCCUGCACAGUGAUGAUAUCCACCUAUGACCCAGUUUCCAAGAAGAUACUACAUUAUCCUGCCAACUCCUGCCUGCUCCCCAUAUGCUCGCUGCAUGGCGCUGCAGUCACCACUGUGGAAGGUGUUGGAAGCUCAAAAACCAGGAUUCACCCAAUUCAGGAAAGGCUGGCCAAGUGCCAUGGCUCUCAAUGUGGCUUCUGCACCCCUGGAAUGGUGAUGUCCAUGUACGCUUUGCUGAGAAACCACCCAGAGCCCUCCAUGGAGCAGAUAACUGCAGCUCUGGAUGGUAAUUUGUGCCGUUGCACUGGAUACAGGCCAAUAAUAGACAGCUACAAGUCUUUUGCUGGGGAACCCACCUGCUGCCAGCUGAGAGGAACAAGACAGUGCUGCCUGGAUCAAGAAGGUGUGCAUGCAUCUUCUGAUAAGGGAGAUGGGAUGUGUUCAAACCUCUGCAAUCCAAAAGAGUUUCAGCCCAUGGACCCAAGCCAGGAGUUUAUUUUUCCUCCAGAACUUAUGAGAAUGGCUCAGGAGCAGCAGAAAAGAACUCUGGUUUUCCAGGGGGAAAGAACUACGUGGAUUUCUCCCAGCAGCCUGAGAGAGCUUCUGGAGCUCAAGGCCAAGUACCCCAAAGCACCUGUCAUUGUGGGGAACACCAGUGUUGGGCUUGACAUGAAAUUUGCUGGUGUUCAUCAUCCCAUUAUCCUCUAUCCCACCAUGAUUCCAGAUCUGCAUGAUGUGAGUAGCACUGCUAAUGGACUAGUGAUAGGAACUGCCUGCGGACUGGCUCAGCUUAGAGACAUCCUGAGAGAAGUGGUAUUGAAGCUCCCAGAGGAGAAGACAAAGAUCUUCCAUGCUCUCUUGCAGCAGCUGAAAACUCUGGCUGGAGAACAGAUCAGGAGUGUGGCUUCUUUAGGGGGACACAUUGUUAGUAGAGGAUCAACGUGGGAUCUGAACCCUGUCCUGGCAGUUGGCAACUCUAUUCUCAACCUGGCAUCAAAAGAUGGAAAACGGCAGAUUCCUUUAUCGGAUGACUUUCUUGCUGGAUUUGAAAAUGCAGAUAUUAAGCCACAAGAGGUUAUAGUGUCAGUUUUCAUCCCAUACUCUAAGAAGGAUGACUUUGUGUCAGCCUUCCGACAGGCAGAGCGCCGGAAGAACGCCUUGUCGAUUGUGAAUUCUGCAAUGAGAGUGCUUUUCAAACCAGGCACAAAUAUCAUUAUGGACCUGAACAUUCUGUAUGGAGGCAUUAGCUCUACCACAGUCAGUGCAAGAAAAUCCUGCCAGAAGCUCAUUGGGAGGCAAUGGAAUGAGCAGAUGCUGGGUGAAGCUUGCAGACUGGUGCUUGGCGAAAUUUUUCUCUCCCCCUCAGCUCCAGGUGGGAAGGUGGAAUAUAGAAGAACUCUGCUUGUCAGCUUCCUUUUCAAAUUCUACCUGCAAGUAUUGCAUGGUUUAAAGAUGGUGGAUCCAACAAGGUAUCCUGACGUACCAAAGGAGUUCAUGAGUGCUGUAGAAGAGUUUCAGUGGAAAACACCCCACAGUAUACAAGCAUAUCAGGACGUAGACCCAAGGCAGCCUCCACAAGAUCCAGUGGGACGUCCUAUCAUGCACCAGUCUGGAGUUAAGCAUGCCACAGGUGAAGCUAUCUACUGUGAUGACAUUCGUCAUCAGGAUGGCGAGCUAUUUUUGGCUGUGGUCACAAGUUCAUGAGCCCAUGCAAAAAUUUUAUCAAUUGAUGUAUCAGAAGCCCUCAAAGUGCCAGGAGUGGUUGAUGUGGUAACAGCUAGCGAUGUUCCAGGGGAAAAUGGCACUAAAGAUGAGAAAGCAUAUGCAGAAGACGAGGUGAUUUAUGUGGGUCAGAUCAUCUGUGCUGUGGUUGCAGAGUCAGAUACUCAGGCAAAGAGAGGGGCUAAAAAAGUGAAAAUACAGUAUAAAGAACUGGAGCCAAUUCUGACCAUUGAGGAUGCAGUAAAGCACAAUUCAUAUUUUGGAUCAGAAAAGAAAGUAGAACAAGGAAACAUUGAGGAAGGAUUCAAGUCAGUUGAUGAAAUCAUUGAAGGUGAAAUGCAUAUUGGAGGACAGGAACAUUUUUACUUUGAAACUAAUAGUGUACUUGUUGUUCCAAGAGGAGAGGAUAAGGAAAUGGAUGUGCAUGUGUCAACUCAGUAUGCAAUAGACGUUCAGAAAUUAGUGGCUUCAGCUUUAGAUGUCCAGUCCAAUAAGAUCAUGUGCCACAUGAAACGUGUUGGUGGAGCUUUUGGUGGGAAGAAUACAAAACCUUCAUAUUUUGCUGUAGCUGCAGCAGUGGCAGCAAACAAGACUGGGCGUCCAGUCCGUUUUAUCCUGGAGCGAGAUGAAGAUAUGUUAAUCACUGGAGGCCGACACCCUUUCUUUGGAAAAUAUAAAAUAGGAUUCAUGAAUGAUGGUAGAAUCAUAGCAGCAGACAUUCAGUGCUAUGUUAAUGGUGGGUGUACACCAGAUGAGUCGGAAAUGGUAAUAGAGUAUGUUGUGUUAAAAAUGGAUAAUGCUUACAAAAUCCCCAAUUUCCGAGUCCGGGGCCACGCCUGCAAAACACAUUUGCCAUCAAAUACUGCCUUCCGAGGAUUUGGCUUCCCACAAUCAGCUCUGUUUGCAGAAUCCUAUCUUGCAGCUGUGGCAACCCAAACUGGUUUACCACAUGAGAAGGUUCGGGAGCUGAAUAUGUAUGAAGGAAUUAGUGUAACUCCUUUCAAAGAGGAGUUUGAUGCAGCAAACCUGAAGAGAUGCUGGAAAGAAUGUUUGGCGAAGUCUGAAUACUACAGCAGGAAAACAUCAGUGGAAGAAUUUAACAAGCAAAAUUAUUGGAAAAAGAAGGGGAUUGCCAUUAUUCCUAUGAAAUUCUCAGUUGGAUAUAAUACAACAUAUUACCACCAGGCUGCAGCUCUGGUGCAUAUUUAUACAGAUGGGUCAGUACUGGUGACACAUGGUGGAAUUGAAUUGGGACAAGGAAUUCACACCAAGAUAUUACAGAUUGCCAGCCGUGAAUUAAAGGUGCCAUUGUCAUACAUACAUCUUUGUGAAACAAGUACAGCAACUGUGCCUAAUGGGCAAGCCACAGCAGGAUCAGUUAGCUCAGAAACCAAUGGAAAAGCAGUUCAGGAUGCUUGUCAGAUUCUUCGGAAGCGCCUGGAACCCAUCAUUCAGAAGAAUCCUGAAGGCAAAUGGGAGGACUGGAUUAUGGAAGCUUUCCAGCAAAGUAUCAGUCUCUCGGCUACAGGCUUUUUCAAAGGCUACGUUACAAAUAUGAACUGGGAAAAAGGGGAAGGCCACGCUUUUCCAUAUUUUAUUUCUGGAGUUGCUUGUUCUGAAGUUGAGAUUGACUGUCUGACAGCAGACCACCAGAAUAUCAGAACAGACAUUAUCAUGGAUGCUUGUUUCAGCAUAAAUCCAGCUGUAGAUAUAGGACAGAUUGAAGGUGGCUUCAUUCAGGGAGUAGGACUCUAUACAAUGGAAGAAAUACAAUUUUCCCCAGAAGGAGAGCAGUACACUCUGGGCCCCGAUGCAUACAAAAUUCCUGCUGUGUGUGACAUCCCUGAGCAGUUCAAUGUUUACUUGCUGCCAAACACACAAAACCCACUUGCCAUCUACUCUUCCAAGGGCAUGGGUGAGGCUGGUGUAUUCUUGGGAAGCUCUGUGUUCUUCGCUCUAAGGGAUGCAGUGGCUGCUGUGAGGAAGGAAAGAGGAUUACCAGAGACCUUCACGCUGAACAGCCCUCUGACUGCUGAGCAGCUUCGAAUGGCCUGUGCUGAUGACUUCACUAAGAUGAUUCCCAAAGAUAAGCCUGGAACCUACAAACCUUGGGCUAUUGGAAUAGCCUAAUAUUGUUUCCCAGACUCUGAAGUAAUUAUGUGAUAGUUUUAGUCACUUUCCAAUUUUAAAAAGUUCCAAGCUUAAUAGUAAAUUAAUUGAUUUAAAAUCUAUUCACUGAUGCACAGAGUAUCUGUACACCUGGAUAUUAUCUAUAGCUCUUAUUGUAUUGCCAAUAUGAUGGUGGCUCUUACAUCCCAUCAUGUAACUCACAUUCAAUCCAAAUAUUUAGAGACAACAUAAUUACAUUAUAUUUUUACAAAUAUCUUUGUAUUACUAUUAACGUAGAAUUUGCUCAGGCCACUUGUUGAUAAACUUUGCCAAGUGACCAUUUCUCUUGAUAAAUUGCUAGUGCCUGUUACCAAUGAGAAAAGUACAACUGCAUAAUAUUCUUGGUAAUUUGAUAUUCACAGAAAUAAUAAGGGUAUGAGGGUGAGAACUAGCUAACAGGUCUUGUUUUUGUGUUAAUAAUUUUAGGUUAAAAUGCUCCUAAAGUGGAGUUCUUAUUGGAUCUUUCACUUUAUUAUAUUUUUGGGCAACUGACAUAAUUUUAGAAUUAGGUACCACAGCAAUCCAAGCCGUGGAAAAGGAUAUGGAUUUGAAUUUAAGAAGCGAGACUGUAAACAACAUGAAAAAAGCUAGUAAGUGGCAUUUUUGUUAGUUGUUUUUUAGUUAUGAUCUCUGUAUUUGUUUUAAAAUAUUUUCAAUAA